ACCGCCGCUUCCGCUCCGAGAGCAAGAUGGCCGCAGCUGGGGGCGGCUCCGCGGCCAGCUGGGGCAAUUGUGGCCUUCGCCUUCUGUCAUUCUGCGUCCUGCUGGCAGGUUUGUGCUGGGGAAACUCAGUUGAGAGGAAGAUCUACAUCCCCUUAAAUAAGACAGCUCCCUGUGUUCGUUUGCUCAACGCUACUCAUCAGAUUGGCUGCCAGUCUUCCAUCAGUGGGGACACAGGAGUUAUCCACGUGGUGGAGAAGGCAGAAGACCUGCAGUGGGUGCUGACAGACGGCCCCAACCCCCCAUACGUGGUGCUGCUGGAGGGCACACUCUUCACCAGGGAUCUGAUGGAUAAGCUGAAGGGGAAAACAAACCGAAUUGCUGGUCUUGCAGUGUCCUUGGCUAAGCCCAGUCCGGCUGCUGGCUUCUCUCCUAGUGUGCAGUGCCCGAAUGAUGGGUUCGGCAUUUAUUCAAACUCCUAUGGACCAGAGUAUGCUCACUGCAAAGAUGUGGUGUGGAAUACUCUGGGCGAUGGCUUGGCAUAUGAAGAUUUUAGUUUUCCCAUCUUUCUUCUAGAAGAUGAAAAUGAAACCAAAGUCAUCAAGCAGUGCUAUCGAGACCACAACCUGGGCCAGAACGGCUCUGCGCCCACCUUCCCCCUGUGCGCCAUGCAGCUGUUCUCACACAUGCACGCCGUCAUCAGCACUGUCACGUGCAUGCGGCGCAGCUCCAUCCAGAGCACCUUCAGCAUCAACCCAGAGAUUGUAUGUGACCCUCUGUCUGACUACAACGUGUGGAGCAUGCUCCGGCCUAUAAAUACAUCAGGGACCCUGGAGCCUGAGAACAGGGUUGUGGUCGCUGCCACCCGGUUGGACAGCCGAUCCUUUUUUUGGAAUGUGGCCCCUGGGGCUGAAAGCACAGUCGCCUCUUUUGUCACUCAGCUGGCUGCAGCGGAAGCUUUGCAAAAGGUCCCUGAUGUGGCCACGCUGGCCCGCAACGUCAUGUUUGUCUUCUUCCAAGGGGAAACGUUUGACUACAUAGGUAGCUCAAGGAUGGUCUAUGACAUGGAGAAGGGCAAGUUUCCUGUGCAGCUGGAGAACAUCGACGCCUUCGUGGAGCUGGGACAGGUGGCCCUAAGAAAUUCACUAGAGCUUUGGAUGCACACAGACCCCAUGUCUCAGAAAAAUGAGUCCGUGCUGAAGCAGGUGGAGGCACUUUUGAACACCCUGGAGAGCAGUGCCACUGGCGUCCCUGCUGUGGUCCUCAGGAGACCUAACCAGUCUCAGCCCCUCCCACCAUCUUCCCUGCAGCGGUUUCUCCGGUCUCGCAACAUCUCCGGGGUUGUCCUUGCGGACCACUCUACUGCCUUCCACAACCGUUAUUACCAGAGCAUUUACGACACUGCUGAGAACAUCAACAUCAGCUACCCCAAAGGGGAGAGCCCGGAAGAGGACCUCAAUGUGGUCACAGACACUGCCAAGGCCCUGGCAGAUGUGGCCACGCUGGUGGGACGGGCCCUGUACCGGCUCGCGGGAGGCACCAACUUCACGGACUCCAUCCAGGCUGACCCCCACACGGUCACCCGCCUGCUCUACGGGUUCCUGGUUAGAGCCAAUAACUCCUGGUUCCAGUCCAUCCUCAGGCAAGACCUACGCACCUACUUGGGGGACGGGCCUCUCCAGCACUACAUCGCCGUCUCCAGCCCCACGAACACCACCUAUGUUGUGCAGUACGCCUUGGCAAACCUGACGGGCACGGUGGUCGACCUUACUCGAGAGCAAUGCCAGGACCCAAGUAAAAUCCCCAGUGAGAACAAGGAUCUGUAUGAGUACUCGUGGGUGCAGGGGCCUUUGGACUCCAACGGGACGGAGCGGCUGCCCCACUGCGUGCGUUCCACCGCACGGCUGGCCAGGGCCUUGUCUCCUGCCUUUGAACUGAGGCAGUGGGGCUCCACAGAAUAUUCCACUUGGACGGAGAGUCGCUGGAAGGACAUCAGUGCCCGGAUAUUUCUGAUAGCCAGCAAGGAGCUUGAGUUCAUCACCCUGAUGGUGGGCUUCGGCAUCCUUGUCUUCUCGCUGAUUGUCACCUACUGCAUCAAUGCCAAAGCUGACGUCCUCUUCAUUGCUCCCCGGGAGCCAGGAGCCGUGUCUUACUGAGGUGGACUCCAGGUUGCCCUGCCAGCUCUGCACUUCACUUCCGGUCACUGUCCCUCCGGGACAGACGCCAUUAGUUUGUCCUUGGAAUCUGUAGGCCUGGCUCAGAGCAGGUCUAACAGAGAGGUGGGACUGUGGAAAGAGACUGUGAGAGAUAAACAAUUCGCCCUCCCCAGCUUCUCCUCCUGACUGCCCAUUCACUCUCCUCUUUCUCACCCACCACACUCUGGGACCACAGAUAGAAGCACAUGCUCCUGUUUGACUCCCUUAAACCCACCGGGACUUCCUCUUUUUCUCAGCCCUCCUCUGUCCUCCAUCUGUCCUGUCCCCACCCCCCAACCAUGCCACCCUCCUGAUCAGGGAGAAGGACUUGGGCUGAAGCCAGGAACUGGCCCCCGGAGGACAGGGAGCCACAGGCUCAGCCCAUACCCUUUGCCACCGUCUUUCUCCAGGCCCUUCGAUGGCACAGCAGGGUGGGCACGCUGCUGCGUGGGUAUCCCACCUCCAGCCCACAGUGCUCGGUUGUCAUUUUUACUACGCUGUAAUAUCUAUUUUUGUUGAUUUCCCCCCCCUCGUUUUGUGUGUAAAUAUAUAAAUAGUGAGUUUCGUUAAAAUGGAUGAAACUCACACACAACCUGUACCAUUACCUAUUGUUCUUUCUGAACUGGAAGUCAUG